CAACCCCGCCAUCACCUUUUGAGGACUACGCUUUGCACACAUCCAUUCCUUGUCUGCUUGACUACCCGUGAACAUGCCACCUAUGAAUGACACCGAAAUGGCAGCAGCCGAGAACAACAACAACACCGCCAAUAUGGUUCAGAACGACAAGGUCAUUGAAAAGCCGGAUCCCGUGAUCCAGGCGGAAGUUCCAGCCACAACCAACACCGAGACUGAGGCGAAGGCGGCUCCCGAGACCAAGGAGGAGUUGGCUCCCGAGACCAAGGAGGAGGCGGCCCCCGAGACCAAGGAGGAGGCGGCUCCCGAGACCGAGGAGGACACGGCUCCUGAGACCGAGGAGGAGGUGGCUCCCGAGACCAAGGAGGAGUUGGCUCCCGAGACCAAGGAGGAGGCGGCUCCCGAGACCAAGGAGGACGCGGCUGCCGAGACCAAGGAGGAGGCGGCUGCCGAGAACAAAGGAGACGCCACCAAGGCCGAUCAGGCUAGCGACGCUAAGACCAGAGCAGAUCCGGAGGACCCCACCCCUUCUCCCAAGAAAACAAAAUGUGAUGGAGCACAGGCAGAUGAUGAGACAUCCGAGAUGAACUGUGCCAACGAAUGAGGCCGAGUCUUGUGUGCUUGAGCUCCGGCUGAAGCGGGUCGUUUGAUUGUGCCAUUUUCGUCAGCUGUGCCCACAGCCUGGCGUGUCACCAAUCGAUGACGCGCAAGAAUGCAUUUUGACCACCAAUUUGAGAUGGACCAAUGUACACAAAGGGCAGCGUUGAUGAUCAUGGUGUAUAAUUUAAUGGCAAAGGCAAUCACAAAUCGAUGAAAAAUGAAUC